GGUCGCUGUUCCGCCGGGCGGGAUUUCCGCAAUAAUAUCAAGUAUGGCGAAGACAUACGACUAUUUGUUUAAAUUACUGUUAAUCGGCGACUCCGGUGUCGGGAAGACAUGCGUACUCUUCAGGUUUUCAGAAGACGCCUUCAACUCGACGUUUAUCUCAACUAUAGGCAUUGAUUUCAAGAUUAGGACGAUAGAGCUUGACGGCAAGAAGAUAAAGCUACAGAUAUGGGAUACGGCUGGUCAGGAGCGCUUCCGAACAAUCACAACAGCCUAUUACAGAGGAGCAAUGGGCAUAAUGCUUGUCUACGACAUCACCAACGAGAAGUCUUUUGAGAAUAUCAAGAACUGGAUUAGGAACAUUGAAGAGCAUGCAUCAUCAGAUGUUGAGAAGAUGGUCCUUGGUAAUAAGUGCGACAUCAACGACAAGCGGCAGGUGUCCAAAGACAGGGGCGAGAAUCUCGCGUUGGAGUUUGGAAUAAAGUUCAUGGAGACCAGCGCAAAGGCCAACAUCAAUGUGGAAAAUGCAUUUUUGACACUCGCCAGAGACAUCAAAUCAAAAAUGGACACAAAAUUGGAGGGCAACACGCCGCAGGGGGGCAGUCACGGAGUCAAGAUCUCAGAGCCUCAGAAAAAGACCAGCUUCUUCCGCUGCAGCCUUCUCUGAGGACCAAGUUCCCAUACUGGCUGCCAGCUGGCUGGACAUAAAUGGACUGUGCUUCCUCUUAGCACUUCCUUCCCCUUACUUCUUUCUUCCCAUCCAUGGCCCGUCCACCCAGUCCACACAAGCCGUUAUAUUCCAAAUAAGCAAAGGAUUUCCCCUCUUCCUCUUCUGAAAGCUUCCAGUGGUGCAUCUCUUUCAUUCUAAAGAGGUCUGUUGUCUUUGUGUGUCAGUGGUUUAUUGGUAGCGGACUCCACUAGGAGCAUUAUCCAGAUGUUCUUCACCACACAAAAGACAGGCGCUUACUUAUGAUGUUAGUCUCGUUUUUUUGUUUUUUUUUAAGCACUCAUAUUUCAUGCACCCGGAAGCACAACCCGGGGAUCACAGAUUAAAUAAAGGUCAUAGUUUUGGGCUUGCAAAUACAUAUAUCAUAUUAAGAACUAUUUUUACUAGAGCCCGCUACAUUUUUAAGUGGUAAAUGCCAACCAGAGACUGAUGGGCUUGAAUACUAAUGAAACAGAGCUCCACAUGCGUUAAUUUUCAAGGAUGUGAAUUAUCACUUAUUGGGCAGGCAGGGAAUUCGAUUCAAAGGUUCUCCACUGGAAUCCUGCACGUGGGAUUGCAAGUAGUCCUCGACAAUCAUUAGAUGUGACUAAAAACGUCUGUUCAAUUCAUUUUAUCAUUCCUGCCUUAACGUUUAGGUGCUGGAAGGAAAUUGGGCAACACAAAUCCUAAAAAUACAAUUCACAUUUCUCUCAAAGAACAUUGAUGUGACGUAGUCUUGCUUCUGCUUUCGGUGGUGUCGUUAGCAAGUUGGAAAGUAUUGUACAUUGGGGUGGGAACAUAUACCGACACUGCAUUUUGGCCCAUAUGCAAGUUCACAAUUGAUUAAAAUAUUAGGAUGUGCACACAGUACAAUAUAAACAAUUAUCCCAAAAUUGGUAAUUAAAUUGGGCUGUACUCUACAAUUAUUCCUACCAUUUUAUAUAUAUAUACGUUUCAGUUUGAGUAGCUGGAACUAAUGAAUGUUUGUUGUUUUUGAUUGAAAAUUGACUUCAAUAUCUCAUCCAAACAAUCUAUAAUCUUGCCUUUUAAGUUGACUUGAAGGUUUUGUUGCAGCUCUGAUUCUUAGUUGAGCUAAAUGAUGUCUCUGGUUAUUUCAUCAACAAUUAAAACCCUUUUGACGUUUCCCACUGAAAGCCCCUUCUGCUAUUCAUGCAGCUCUCCUUGCACUUUACCAAUAACCCUGUCCUGUACGUAGUCUGUGCCAAGUGAUAGUUCUGCAAUACAACAAUACAAUUAUUUAGUUAAACGUUGAGUCACGUAUAAUCUGCCCUUUCCCUUUAAAAAAAAAAAAAUCCCAUUUCCUUAUAAAUUGAUCUCUUACGUUAUGUCACUAGUAGUGAUCCACUGUCCUGGUAUUAGUUCACUGAAAAACAUUGCUCUAGUGUACCAGUAUAUCUUUAUAAAAAAAAGAAGAAAAAAAUCGAGCCCGCAAUUUAAUCCAACAUUCUAGUUUAAAAGAGAUGUUUUCUUGACUCAUUGGGUGAACGAUGGCUCGUCUGCCGCUGAAAGACGGCGCUUUAGUAUUAUUGUACACUUGUGCCUGUGUUGUUUGGUUGUGGCCCUCCUGUUUUGAUGGCUAGGUGGCACCAGAGGCGCAGUACGCACUGUGUGUUACCGUCGGAAUUAGUGAAUACGUACCCUCUAUUUUACAUUGAUGUUGAGUCUCCUGUGUUUCCACUGCUCCUCAUUAAUCCUUUCUUCAUUUGUAACGCGUCUGAAAACCGAUCUCCUAUAUGCACAUUAUUGAGGGAAGUUUCGCUUUUUGCUUGCCUGCACUUUUCUUUUUGUUUGAAUAUCUAAUAAUUCGGGACCUCAUGACUACCAUGGCCAUUUGUCUUAACCGCUAGCCCUCAGUACUGUCAUAGGUGAGCUAUGCAUUGUGAAUCUUGGACCUGUGCAUCUUUGUGUGAUGUAAUUUACCGACAUACUUGUAGAGCCGUACAGUCGACACGGUGGGCUUUUUGUUUUCUUUGUGUCACUCACUGAGUCAAACACAGGACUGUGUAGAAAUGGCGUUGCUACAACAACGCCCGCGGCAUGACGGAAGAUCAAGUAGGAAGCGGCUGGACGUUUAAAUGUGGUAAUUAAUGCUUUUGUCUCGUUUGAGUGAUACUGUAGCUUAAAGUCAUAGACCAACAUAGAGAGAAGACCUUUUGUGGAACUCAAAUGGCAUAAAGUUCAGCUGAAAUGAAACUCAGAUUUUCUUUGUUUUUUUAAAUCAUAUCCUUUAAUAUUUUACUGUAUAUCCCUUUUUACAGCCAUAUUUUCAUUCCAUCGAUUGUGAAGUACACAGGGAGAAUAAUCAAAUACGUUUUGGAAAAAAAAAAAGAAGUGAAAAAGACAUUGUAAAUAUCACAUUGAGAAAAAGAUCUACUUAAAUUGUACUGUACUUUCUAAACCCAUAUGAAAAUGUAUCUACAAUUUGUAGAUAUGUGUACUUUUGAUUUAAUAAAAUUAUAAAAGUU